CAUAAGCAAAAGUAAUCUUCCCAACAUAGGCAAGGAACCAGGGCCAUCACUUUCUUCAGCCACAAGCCUCCAGUACCACUUAAAAAAAUGCAGUAUAAAGCCAGCUUCACAAACACCAAGUUUUUCCCUGAGAAAAUGGCUGCAGCAACUCCUGUUGCAAUAGGCACAAGGGGAACUGUGGGAUCACUUCUCAAGAAGGAGAUUGAGUACUUUACCAAGUUUGAGUUAGAGGGACGCGGGAGCUGUUGGAAACCGCAUGGACAAGUAGUGGAGAUGGUCCAGAUGGAUUGCAGAAGAGGUCAUGCAAGGCAGAGUCUCUGGUUAUCGAUUACUGGCUGGAAAAGGAAGAAGCGAAGAGGGGGCAGCGGGUUCCUACCAAGCAUGUGUUCUGCCACGGAAGUUGCAGAUAAGAAUCAGCUAAACAGGAUUCCUGGUUUCAAUUACAGGAUCCUUAAAAGUGAUGUGAACAACUUUCACUUUUAGUCCCUCUUGUUUUGAUGCCAGCCUUCGACUUCUGGCCAUUUCUCAGUUGGACUUGAAGGAACAAAUAGUGCUUUGCCACUCUUCAGAAGCUUAGAGCUUCAUCAAAUAUUGUUAAUAAUCUGUUUUUUCUCUAAACUUGUGAGCCACUUUAUAAUUUGGGUCAGAGCUGAGCAUCAGAAUCCAGCGAGGAGUUUCUGAAUUUUAUCUUUUGGUUUUAAGAAUUCAAACUUUUGGUUUGUGUUUCUUACUGCGUUUAUUGAAGCUCUCUUCAUAGACACAUUCCUACUGAACUGUGACAUAGAUGAUAGAACCUUCGAGGUUCUCCUCUGUAAGGUUUCGUUAUCUCUGGUGCACAAUCUAUGAAUUGUAUAUGCUAUCUCAAAGGAAAAAGCUGUCUUUGUUCAACUUGAUCUUGCUGUGACUUGCUGCAAUGAAUUCCUAGCCAUAUUUUGGCAUUUGAAA